AUGGCUGUUACUCUCGAUGUUUUUCCGGCGAGAAAACGACGGCCGUUGGUCGCCGGAUCUUACGACUCUCCGAAGCUAUCAGAUGCGAAAUUGACUCGGUCUCUGUUCCUCGCUUCUCAGGAGAUUUCUUCUAUGCAGCCUCUCCGUUUCAUCCUCCGACGGAAUUCUCUCUCUAUCAUCCGCAAAGUGAAGAUACUAUCGGCGGUUUUCGAUGAGCUUCUCCGAUCACAAAUGGUUUACUCUCAAUCCGCUCAUCUUUGCUUCGAGGAAAUGCAUCUCGUGAUGCAGCGUAUGAAGACUUUGAUCGACGAUUGCUCUAGGUCUAGUAAACUCUGGUUACUCUUGCAGAUCGAAAUCGUCGCCUUCAGUUUUCACGAGCUUAUCACCGAUUUAUCCACCGUUCUCGAUAUUUUCCCGGUAAAGGAUUUCAGCCUCAGCGACGACGUCGACGACCUAAUCGUUCUCCUCAGAAAACAAUGCUCCGAUUCGAUUCAGUUCGUCGAUCCUCGCGACGAUGCUCUCCGUCGGAAAGUGACCGACAUAAUCGACGGAAUCAAGCAUCAGAUCUCCCCAGAUCAGUCAAGGCUGAUCGAGAUUUUGGACGACCUGGGUUUUCCAGAUUCGGCUAGUUUGACGGAAGAAAUCCAGAGAUUGGAGGAUGAAUUUCAGGAUCAGAUCGACGAGAGAUCCAAAUCCGCAGCCGCCUCUCUUAUCGGACUCGUGCGUUACACAAAGUGCGUUUUGUACGGUCCCACGCCGCCUCCGGAUUUCCGUCGCUACACGUCGUUAUCGGAAGCGAACAUCCCGGCGGAUUUCCGGUGUCCGAUCACGCUUGAGCUGAUGCGAGACCCGGUUGUGGUUUCCACCGGUCAGACUUACGAUCGAGAGUCGAUCGAUCUUUGGAUCCAAUCAGGGCACAAUACUUGCCCCAAAACAGGUCAAAUCCUCAAGCACACCAACCUCAUACCAAACCGUGCCUUGAAGAACCUGAUCGUCAUGUGGUGCCGCGAUCAGAAGAUACCGUUCGAGUUAUACGGAGAAGGCGGCAGUGGAGAGCCUGCGCCGUGCAAGGAAGCGGAGGAGUUCACGAGGAUGAUGGUUUCGUUUUUGAUCGACAAGCUCUCUGCACGUUCCGCAGUGGCAGAGUCGUCAAACGGUGUCGUUUCCGAGCUCCGGGCGCUCGCAAAGUCGGACUCAGUGGCUCGAGCCUGCAUAGCCGAGGCUGGAGCAAUACCGAAGCUUGUACGUUAUCUAAGCUCGGAAUCUCCGAGCCUUCAGAUAAACGCAGUCACGACGAUACUCAACCUCUCUAUCCUGGAACAGAACAAAACGAGGAUCAUGGAAACAGAUGGAGCUUUAAACGGUGUCAUUGAGGUUUUGCGUUUGGGUGCCACGUGGGAGGCUAAGGCAAACGCCGCCGCGACGCUGUUCAGUUUGGCCGGCGUCUCCGCUUACAAAAGACGACUCGGGAGAAAGGCUCGCGUCGUGAACGGAUUGAUUGACUUGGCGAAACAGGGCCCAACAAGCUCGAAAAGAGACGCGCUCGUGGCGAUCCUGAACCUUGCGGCGGAGAGGGAGAACGUUGGGAGGUUCGUCGAAGCUGGAGUAGUGCAGGCCGCUGGAGAUGCAUUCCGGGAACUGCCGGAGGAGGCGGUGGCUGUCGUGGAAGCAGUGGUGAGGAGAGGGGGACUCAUGGCGGUGUCCGCGGCUUUCGGUCUAAUACGACUGUUGGGAGAGGUGAUGAGGGAAGGAGCGGACACGACAAGGGAGAGCGCGGCAGCGACGCUUGUGACAAUGUGUAGGAAAGGAGGAUCGGAGCUAGUAGCCGAAAUGGCGGCGAUUCCAGGGAUCGAGAGGGUUAUAUGGGAGAUGAUAGGGACGGGAACAGCAAGGGGAGGGAGGAAAGCGGCGUCGUUGAUGAGAUAUUUAAGGCGAUGGGCUGCCGGAGUUGAUCACACCGGAGAUAACCAUGAGACGGUGCCAGAGACGCAGAGCAUUGUAGUGCCAACGCCAAGUAGGAUUUUUAAUCCCGUUUCAUGA